AUGGAACGAGCAAAUGAAUGUAAAUGUCAUCGGCUUGCAAUAAGUGUCAAUAAAACCUUAUCGUGUGAUUAUUUUGAGGCAAAAUUUCGUAAAGCAGUUCAAUGUGUAACUCAAGAAGAAAAUGACAAAAUAUCGAGGUUUCGUUAUAAAGACGAUUCGUUAACUGCGUUAUUAGGUCGUUUAUUUCUUCGACAGGCAACUCGUAGACUUGCAAACGUCAAAUGGAGUGGUAUAGAAUUUGGCCGAACCGAAAAAGGUAAACCAUAUGUAAUAAAACCGGAAGGUGUUAAAUUUGGUAUCAAUGUUUCACAUCAAGGUGACUAUGUUGCGUUUGCAAGUAGCUGUACUUCAAAGGUGGGAGUAGAUUGUAUGCGUUUGGAUACUGAGCGUGGUAGCAAAUCUGCCGAUGAUUACAUUAACUCAAUGGCAAAAUCUGCAAGUGCUGAGGAGCUAAGGAUGAUGCGAGCACAACCGACAGAACAGACUAAAAUGGCAUAUUUCUACCGAUAUUGGUGCUUAAAGGAAGCAAUUCUGAAGGUCAUUUUAGAUGUCGUAGAAACAGUUUAUAAAAUCUUAGCAGAUGCGGAUCGUUCGGCAACUGGUGAUGGAUUAUUAUCCGACUUACGACGACUAGAUUUUCGUGUUAAUCAAACCGAACGAUAUCGCCAGAGAUGUUUCAUAAAUUCAACUACAGUGUUAUUCGAUGGAAAAUUACAAGAUCAAUGGACUUUCGAAGAGUCUUUUAUUGAUGAUCGACAUGUAUGUCGAGAAAAUAUCGUCCCUGCUUCAUGUAUUUUUUGUGAACAUCCCGACACUCGCAUAUUUUUUGCCACGGUAAAUAUAGAUUUUCUUUUGGAAGAGGCAACUGUAAUCAAUCCAAUCGAAAUGGAUGCAAUUUCCGAAUGGGAGAAUUUUAAUUUGAAACCCAGAAAGACGUUUUAA